GUUUGGUUGGCGGCUAGCGCUGACGGCGCGUUGAUACUGAAUUCUGAUUGACGAUUCGCAAUUGUCAUUUCUUUACCGCCAUUUUGUUCUCAUGUUAGCUUGAAAUUGUAAAAUAAUGAUUUCGGUAUUAGUAUGUGCUAAUUAGUUAAUUUUGUGACUUUACUGUGCCUAAAUAUGACAUACAAUUUGUAAGAGCAGUGUCUAAUAUAUUUUUUAGCAUUUUCGUUGAUAUCACCGUGCAACCAUGAGUGUCAUCAUUAGACUGCAGAAUCUGCCGUGGUCCGCUAAUGCUCUCGACAUUAGGAAUUUCUUUCGAGGCCUUUCUAUCCCCGAGGGGGGUGUGCACAUCGUAGGCGGCGAGCUUGGAGAUGCGUUCAUUGCGUUCAGUACGGACGAAGACGCACGCCAAGCGAUGAUGCUAGAUGGAGGGAAGAUCAAGGAAAUACAAGUUAAAUUGCUCCUGAGUUCGCGGUCGGAAAUGCACAAGGUGAUAGAAACGGCCCGUCAGAGCGUACCGUUGUUAACACUUGCCGCCCCUUCGCCUGUGCCACCUCCUGUCAUUCCUCCGCCAACUCAGACACCUCAACCAAUCAUCUCCGCCGCACCCGCCAUUACUCCUUUUUCAACAGCUCUUGGUACCACAACGAUUGCCGGUUUUGGAAUACCAGGCAUCGGUAACCCGCAAGAGAUUCCCCAACCUGCUGUGAUAGAACCACCUGCGCCUUUACUUAGUCCGCCCUCAAAAUCUCCUCUAGAAGAAGACAAAGAUGAGGAGAAGUUAGAUAGAAAACGAAGCAAAGACAAAGAAAGACGACGCUCUAGAUCUCGUUCAAGAUCCCGGGACAGAGAAAGGAAAGAAAGAAAAAGAGAACGCAGAGAUAGAUCGCGCUCGAGGGAGAGGAGACGGAGAGACCGAAGUCGCAGUCGAGAUAGGCGCGACCGUAAACGAGAUAGAAAAGAUCGCAGUCGCUCUCGUGACAGAUCACCCUCACGUCGCUCUCGUGACAAACGUAACAAUGAUCGCAACAAAUCGCCACAGAACUCCCAGGAGCGGUCGCUUGAUAACAUUGACGUUAAUAUCGCUCCACCUCCGCCCGCUUUUGGAAGUACAAAUGGACCACAAAUACCGAUGAUGCCAAAUAAUAUGGUGUCAAAUGGACCAGUAGGACCAUUAGAUCAAGGGCCAAAUCGGUUCAAUGAUCCAUCUUUAGCAGAGGCUUUUAACAAAUUACAAGAACUAGGCAAAAAACGCAAUCCUAAUGCAUUCCAAGGCGAACAAAAUGGCGCCAGAUUUCAAGCCGGCCGCGGGGGAGGUAGUAUGGCGCGCGGUGGAAGCGCAUUCCGUCGUGACGGCCGUUCAUCAAGAUUCGAAGAAGAACAAAAAGAUUGCUGCGUGGCUCUCAGAAAUGCACCAAAUCAUACAAGCUACGGAGAUGUCCGCCGAUUUUUCCCAUUCAUGAUCGAUAAGCAUGGAAUCAAAAUGAUCAAUGAUAACAUGGGUCGUCGGACUGGUAAUAUCUUUGUCAGAUUUUGCGCUGCUCGCUCCAAGCAACUUGCUCUACAGCGUAAGAGUAACGAAUUGAAAGGAGCUGAGGUAAUAGUUGAGGCAUUAGACGAUGAGACAUACGAUUCUGCUGUUGAUUCAUUUUUACCUUUCCGUGAAGAUAAUGACGAUGAGGAUCAAAGUCUGGUUGUAGCUGAUGGAGAAAACAAUAAAAAAUCCUUCAGCGUAUUGAAAUUAACAGAUUUACCGAAUUUUGUCAAGGAACAUGAUAUUAUGAAAGCAUUUAAUGAGUUUUCCCUUUUGUCGAUUCAAUUAAGUGAUUGUCGUAUAACUAGAACUAAAAUAGCAUACGUCCAAUUCGUUAAAGUCGACGAUGCAAAAAUGGCUUUUGAACGUAAAGACAGUUACAUGUUCGGUAGACGCCAGGCGACUAUCGCGCCAGUGUCUAAUGAAGAAUAUGACCAAGUAAAAUUAAACCAAGAUAAGACGGAUCAAAUUACUUUGAACCGACCCACAAACGAUAAUAUGCAAGAACAAGUCAUCCCACGGGACCCACGCCAGCGACGCCAACUAGUAGAUAACGGACCAAGUUCUGCCGGUGCUCAAAUACAGGGAGCAGUUCCGGCACAGUUUAUGCCCAAUGCUCAAUUUUCCCAAAAUUUUGGUGGUUCGUUCCAAAACCCUCAAUUUGGAGCUUUUCCGAGUGGCGGUAACUUGGAACCGAGAGCGGUUACAUCUAACACUUGGACAAACAGAAUGAGUUUUCCCAAACAAUCAGAUCAAGAAAUACAAGCGUCUCCCAUGGGCAAACCUAAAGUUAUAUCCGUCAACAUGGAAGAUGAACCACUCGACUGUGUUCUCAUGAAGAGUCUUCCACGAGAAGCUACUGACAGAACUAUUGUUAACUUCUUGGCCGAUACUGGCGCAGUACCAUCCAGAAUACAUCUUAUGCUAGAUGCGAACGGUCUUCCUUCCGGUGAUUGCUUUUGCGAAUUUAGAUCGGCUCAAGAAGCCCGAAAGGCUGCUACGAAACAUGGCCAGCUCUUAGACGGGAGUCGUGUCACAAUAGACCUAGUUAUGCGAAGUGUUGUAGAGGAAGCUUUAGAGGGACCCAAAUUAGAAACCCAACCUGGUAUUCUUGGCAACGCGCCUCCUCCCUUCAUGAAUAUGCCACGAGGUGGUUUUAUGGGACGCGGGCAGUUCCGCGGAAGGGGUAUGUUUGAACGAGGAGGCUAUGAUAGAGGUGGUUUCAGAGGAGGUUUCGAUCCUAGUAGAGGUGGCUUCGAUCCUAAUCGAGGCGGAUUCAGAGGGCGAGGUGGUUGGAGCGAACGUGGCAUGCGCGGGUUCGAUCGAGGCAGAGGGCGAGGGUUUGCACGAGGACGGGGAGGAUUUGACAACAUGUCGAUGCCAAUGCCGAUACAAAUGCGGAACGAUGAAGAGCAGGACCCCGCUCUAGAAAACUUCGGAACCCCGGGCUGCAUCGUUACGAUGGAGAACGUACCGUUCCGAGCAACCGUCGAUGACAUAAUGACCUUCUUCGGCGACUUCGAGCUGACCCAAGAUGAUAUAAUCAGGAGAUACAAUGAACGCGGACAGCCCACGGGAGACGCGCGGGUUGCGUUCCGAACGCCCUUCGACGCCCAACGCGCUGUCAAAACUCGGCAUAUGAAUACAAUAUUUGACCGACGAAUCAAUCUAACUAUUCUCUAACAUAACAUACCGGUGCGGAUCGAACCGCCACCGGACCCGGUAAUAUACAUAGACUAGACACUAUUGGGACAGUUGAUGUGUUUACCCGCCGUGGUAUGGAUAUUGAUAUUUGCAAGUAAAACUAGAGCUACUGUGAAGUUAGUAGUUUAAAAUUAAGUUAAGGGUUAUGUACUAUAAAAUGAUAAUAGGUUAUUUGAAUAAAACAAAGAUUUUUGAUAAUUU